UGAUCUCAUUCGUAUGACUUGCUCCCUGUGGUUUGCUUAGAUUAUGGAAGAUGCAGAGGGUUACAUGGUAGUAGAACCUUCAAGACAUAUCUACACUGAUGCUAUUCCCAACAAGACAGAAGUCAAUUCCACAGGUCAUUCGAAAUGCUGCAAAAUCACACUCUGGAUCAUACUGGGAGGAAGCAUUGCUUUGAAUCUGGCUUUUAUUGUUCUUCUAAUAGUAUUUCAGACACAAAGUGUUUUCUACUCACUGACUUCAACCAAUUCGUGUGGAUGGAUCCCAGGCACUUCAAUAGUCUCCGUGACCUUUGACCCAGACACUGCUCAUCGCCGCAUUGUCAUUUCUAGGGAUCGGAAAACUGCGACAUGGGGAAUGGAAGAACGAUCACUUCCCGAUAUUGAUAAAAGAUUUAACCCACGUGUGUGGGUUCUGGGCCAGAAUGGGUUUCAAUCAGGAAAAGAAUGUUGGGAGGUGGAAAUAAAACACGAUGGAGAAUGGGCUGUGGGAGUUGCCAGGGAGUCAGUGAAGAGAAAAGGAAUGACCGAUUUUAGCACCAAAGAAGGCAUCUGGGCUAUUGCAGAAUAUUGGGGGAAAGCAAAGUACGUAGCUUUUACUGAGCCACACACACCACUUUCUUUUGGAAAGAAGCCUCGGCGGAUUCGUGUGUUUGUGGAUUACAUCUAUAAAGAGGUGGAAUUUUUCAACGUAGAAACCAAGCGUACCAUAUUCUUUUUUUCAAACGCAUCCUUCUCUGGAGAAAAAAUCUACCCCUGGUUCCGGGUUUGGAACGGAACUGAGCUGACACUUCAUCCCUAAUGCCCAGCACUUAAUGAAAAAGGG